UAACUAUGAUACGUUUAUUUUAGUUGCCGUUAAACAUGAAAGUGAAAGUAUGACAACCUUUAUCCAAAUCGGUGCCACUGUACUGAGCCUAGUGAUUUCACCUUGUUUAAUUUUCAUUGUGGUCAGAGUAAUCAGGAGGAAGCAAAAUAAACAGGAGAAAAGAAGUUUAGCAACACAUAAAAAUUUAACCCAACAAAAUGUUGAAGAAAGCAUCUCGGGUUCUCAGGACGCAGAAAAGAAGAGCAGAACAGGUGAACAUUCCUUCGAAGUUGGCACGUAUGAAUUGGCAGGUAUCACCUAUCUCGAAGAAGAACGGCAACACACUGGUGGAGAAGAGAGUCACUAUGAUCAUCUUAGAGAUACAGUGCCUAUAAAACCUAUGGAGGAGGACAUCUAUAAUCAUCUGCAAACUGAAAGUGAAUCCAAUUAUUCCACAUUCACAGGACAUGUGGAACACCAUGGAACUGUUGAUGACACUUACAGCCAUGUAGAUUUUUCAUAAUUAUAGACAAAAUUUGCCUUCAGUCCCAUUUCCAUAAAUUUCACUGAUGAGACUGUUGAAUCUUCUAAAUCGCAGGAAAUAUUGGAAAAGAAUGAUAAAAUGAAACAUCCUCUCAUAAUGUCUUCCAUAUAUGUAUUCAUGGAUAGGAAUCUAGCCAGCAUAUAUUGUGUACAAAGGUGUAUAACACGUUUUAUGAAUUUCAACAUGGUUUGAUUGUUGCUUUGUUUAUCUCGACAAUUUUUCAUUUGUACUGAGACAUCAUCACUUGCAAGCGGAGAGCUUAAACUUUUGUCGGAACUCAGGGCCAUUGAGCAUGCAGGGAUCUCU